AUGUCGACGAGGCUCCCUCAUGCCACCUCCGUGGAACCCUUCGAACCUAGAGUAACCUCCUACGGUGGUCGUGGACUCUUUGCCACAAAACCUAUCUCUGCUGGGACUCUGCUACGCACCUGCCCUGCGCCCUACGCCUCGGCGAUUUACGCGCCCUUCCGCAAAGAGGUCUGCGCGCACUGCUUCGCCUACGCCUUCGACGCCGGGAAAAAUGCGUGGAACGUCAAGCACGACGCCUCGCCUGCGUCGCGAUUUUGCAGCGUGGAGUGCAUGCAGUCUUGGGCUGGGGAACACGACCUGUCGCUCGUGGCACGCGUUGAGAAGGCGGUGCAGGGACUGGCGAAGUCUAGCCUUGGUGUCAAGAAACCCGUGGUGGCGCCGGUAAUAGCAUUCGACGGCGCCGCCACAGAUAUCACGAUGCAGGACCUCGACGAGGCAUGGCAGGCGGCGGAGGCGAUGGACGUGAAGGCAGGAACACUCGUGCUGGACGAGAUGGAGGAGGAGAUUAUGCGCUUCGUGCUCUCGGCGAUUUUGCGCAAGUAUCAUGAGGACACUGCUGGACACGCCGCUAGCGCUCAUGACGGGGUGCUUUCUAGUACUCGCGACGACGGCGUUGUCGGUCAGGUCGCCCCUGCAGACUCUAGCGCCGCUCCCACCAUACCAACGAGUCCGGCCGGCCCCUUCUCCGCCUCCAUACCGACCUAUCCGGCCGGCCCCUUCGCCGCCUUCCUCGAGCUCCAGGACAACGAGCUGCAGCACGUGCGCACCAACCCUGCCAUCCUCCCCGCGCAGAUCCGGGUGUGGUUGUUUGUGAGGUUGGCGGUUAUGGGUCUUCCUGCAAGGGGCGGAAGGGGGUCGCGGGAGUCGUCUGCGCGCGGUUCGCGGGAUACGUCUGUGUGGGGGUCGCGGGGCACGUCUGCGCGGGGCUCGCCAGACACGUCUGCGCGCCAGUCGCGUGAACCAUCUGCGCUCGGAUCUCGCGCCUCCCCUGCUCCUGGCGCGCAGCGGACCUCCCCUUCACGGGCUUACCCCUUCACCGCCACCCCCGAACUCCUCCGCAAGGCUGCGGUGCCCGAGCCCCUCCCCAAGGGUACAGUGCCCGAAACCCUCCCCAAGGCUGCGAUAUCAGAACCCCUCCCCAAGGGUACAGUGCCAGAACCCCUCCCCAAGGGUGCCGUGCCCGAACUCCUCCCCUACCUCUCCACGCCCCACCUCCUCCGCGCCAUCCUCGCCCGCGACCACGCGAACGCCUUCGGGCUGUUCGACAUGCAGGAGACGGGCGAGAGCGAGAUGCUCGGCUGGGCGGUGUACGUCGCGGGGAGUUAUUUCAAUCAUGACUGCGCCCCCAACGUCCGCAAGCUCCGCCGCGGGCGCGCGCUCCAGUUCGUCACCACGCGCGACGUCGCGCCCGGGGAGGAGCUGUGCAUCAGUUAUGUGGAUACGCAGGACACGAAAGCCAGCCGCGCGGCACAAUUUGCGCAACACUGGAACUUCGUGUGCGGGUGUGGGCGGUGUCGGGGCGAGAAGGUCGAGGUUUGCGAAGCGACGUGCGGCCUGGAUUGUGACAAGCAGGCCCAGCAGAGCUGA